AUGCACUUGGCCGACCGCAUCGACACCAACCGCGGGACGAUCGCCGACUCGCUGGAGCGUGACAUCGACCAGGCCACGUUCUGGAGGCUGACGCUCUACCUUGGCCUGCCAUGCGUCCUCUUUACCGUCCUGGCUUGGCUCUUCCAGCACUGGGUCGUCCACUACCGGCCCAACAGGGCGAAGGCUACCCUCGCCAAGCUCUGGGCCUCGCGUGGAUGGGGUAGCCGCAGCUUUACCGUGGGCAAGCACGUCAUGACCUUUGCCACCGUUGCCAUCGUCUCGUGGCCCUUUGCCUACCUCCUCGCCUGGGCUGCCGCCGUCUCGGAUCGCGUCGUCAACGUCCUUGGCGUCGCCAUCCUACUCGGCGGUACCUACCUGCUCUUCACCGGCUUUGCGCUCUUCAACUGGGCGGCAACCGCGUGGCGGCUCACCAUCUGGCCGGUCCUCUCUUUCAUGACCAUCUCUUGCACCUUUGUCGUCUUUAUGGUCUACAUCGCCUUUACCACCGAGCCGUACACCUUUAUCGGCGUGACCCAGGUCUGGCUCUCGCUCAACUCGUACCCGCUCAUUGUCGCUGGCUUUAUCGAGUACACUGGCUCGAUCUUUGGCGACUUUCGGGCACUUGCCGCCACCCACUACUCGCGCUCGCUGCGCCUCUUCUCGUGGUCGGGCAACAAGCGGUCGUGGGCCUCGUUCAUCCUCACCAUCGUCUCGUACCACGCGCUCGUCGGCUACAUCGUCACCGCCUGGCGUCUCGAGCACGACGGCCAGUGCUCGGCUGACGAGUCGUGCUCGCAGUUUACCCGCAUCGCCGUCGCAAACUCGCUCCUCCUCGUCGUUCUCGACGCCGUCCUCGUCAUGUACAACCUCUCGCGCAAGUCCAAGCUCCCGGCCUCGGUCAACGCUCUCUUUCUCAUCGCCUCGCGCUCGUCCAUGAUCUUCUACGGUGAGUCUUACUGGUUCUUUGCGCACGCCACUACCUACGCUGUCUCGGCCACCGCCCUCGGCAUCCAUAUCGUCAACAAGAAGCUCCCGGUCCCGGUCUCGAUGCUCCACUCCAAGGCCGCCCUCAUCAAGUCGCUCGUCGGCGCCUCGCCCAAGACCUCCGCCUCGGGCUCGGCCAUCUCGGCCUCGGCCACCUCGGUCUCGGCGGCUGUCUCCGACUCGGGUGACAUGUUCCUGGAGCGGACUCGCAUCGUUCAGUUGUUCCCCUGGCUCCGCUCCAAGACCCUUGCCUUUGUCGUCCUUGUCGCCGCCUUUGGCCUCGACAUCGCCAUUGUCGCCGGUGCCGACCUCGCCGAAAAAGUCACCGUCCGUGGCGUCUCGUUUGAGCAGUGGAUCGUCGGCUUUGCCGCCCUCCUCCUCUCAUUUGUCCUUCCGGCCCUCUGGGCCGUCUACCGCGUCUACCAGCGCUCGGCAUACCGGGUCUCGUGGCAGCUUGCCGCUGCAAGCCUCCUUGUGGAGGCCGUAUCGGUCGGCGCUGGCCUUCUCUUCUACACUGCCACCGAGUCGGUAGUCACGCUUUGCGUCGCCAUCUUUGCGCCGCCCUACUUUGUGGCUGGCCUAAUCGCCUUUUUCGACUGGCCGACAAACCCCAUGUACGCGCACUACCACAAGGCCAACGAGUCGCACUGGGUCUUUGCCGCUGCCGCUUCCUCCAUGCUGGCUAUCCUCCUCGCCGCCACUUUUGUCAUCGCCAGCGUCAACUCACCGGCAUGGCACGGAUUCGUUGUCACCGGCAUCACUGCCAUCGUCACCCUCACCGCCAUUGCGCUCUACCGCUUCUACCACACACUCCGCGCCUGGGACCCGGUUGUCGUCACUUCUCUGGUGGUCAUCCUUGUUAUCCUCUGGGGCGCCGGUGCCGCGCUCUGGGACUCGGAGCUCGACGCGGAGAUCAACAAGAGCUCGUUUGGCCUCAUCCUCGGCGGCGUCAUGUAUCCGACUCUCAUCGCGCUAGCCAUGGCCCUCAUCCAGUGGCGCGAUCGCGGCUACCGCGUCUCGCUCUUCCUCGGCCUCGCGCUCGUCCUCACAGCUGUCCUUUUCAUCGUCUUUGCCGCCCUCCUCACCGCCAUCGUCUCGGUCGUCGCCGGCACCAUCGUCGCCGCCGUUGUCCUCUUCGGCUGCGCCGGUAUCGCCACAGCGCUCUACUGGGCGCACAACGACUUUUUCCUGCCGCGCCUCUUCCGCAUCGGUGGUCUUGCCCUCCUUGUCGUCUGCGCUGCCGUCGGUGUCAUCAUCGGCUUUGUCGCCGCGCCGUUUGUCGGCUUCUCCAUUGGCUGGGCCUGCCUCUUUGUCUUUACCGCCUCGCGCGCCCUCCAACGCAUCUCGACCGUCUACUGGUCAUCGUCAUCAUCGCCCAUUUUCUACGGCCGCUUCCUCUUCCCGGUCUUCCAGUAUUCCAAGACCCGCAAGGUCAUGGUCUCGGUGACAUCGACAGUCCUCCUUGUCUACGCCGCCCUUCUCACCGUGGUCGCCUGGGGCGUGGUUGCCACGCUCUUCCUCAACCCGCCGUGGGUCGGCCUCGUCACCUCCUCGCUCACGCUCUCAAUCAUGCUCGCGUACACGCUGUACCUGCUCAACACUCGGGCAUCGUCGUUCCUCUCUGCCGCCCGCGCCACGCCGUCAGCCGCCGUCGAGACGCUCCGGGCUUCGGCUGCCACCCAGUACCUCCAGUCGGUCCGCCCGUCGUCGACCAUCCUCUCGGACGUCUUCCACGCGGCACGGACCGCCAAGACGGUCGACGAGUACCUCGAGCUCAACAAGCUUGACGCAGAGCUCAACGCGAGCUGGACUGCCGAGCAAAAGUUUGCCGCCGCCCUCUGCAUGCUCAUCGGCGACCACCGCGCGCAAGCUGUCCGCGACGAGAUGGCCGCCAUCGAGUGGACCCUCCGCGACAUGAAGUAUCCUGGUGAGGCCGCCGAGACCUACGCCGACCUCACCGACCGCGACAUUGCCCGCUGGAGCGAGGCUGACAUCGAGACCUUUGUCUCGGCGUACUACGCACAGAUGGCCCGCCGCAACUCUCGUGAGCGCGCCCGCCGCAAGGCACUCCAGCAGGACACCGCUGGCGCCGCCCGCCGCAAGCAGGCUCAAGGUCGGUACAAGGCCCCGAUCCCGGUCUCGGUCGCCGAUGCCGGCGACAACGCUGGCGUCGAAGCUGGUGGCGUUUAUGGGGCGGAAAAGGCCAAGUCGGUGUUUGCCGCUGCCAAGGCCAAGCUCGCUGGUGCGCUGGGCUCGGGCUCAAGCUCGGGCUCGGGCUCGUACACCGAAGAGGAAGAGUACUCGGCAGUCGAGGGCAGCUACAAGCUCUCAGCCCGCUACAAUGCCUCGUCGUACGGAUCUGAUGUCGAGGUGUGGGAGGAGGAAGAGGGCUCGUCGUACUCGGCGUCGUACUCGAUGUCGAUGCUGUCGAUCUCGGCCAACGACAGGAUGGCAGAGCUUGCCGGCAACAUGCCGGUCAUUGGCGGUGCCACGCUCGAGGGCCGCAUGGGCGCGGAUGAGGCCGAUCUCUUUGGCCUCGCCCACAACGAGGAACUGUCGGCCGAGGACUUUGGCGAGCCGGGCCUGGUCGACCACCGCUCAAACGUGGUCCAAGCUUCAGCAGCGACUAAGAACCGGGCCAAGGCCAAGGCGUUCCGCAGCAGCAACGUGACAGCGCUCAAGACCCCGCUCCGGCCGCUCACCUCGCGCCGGUACAAGGAGGCGCUCAAGGCCGCGUCCGAGUACUCGUCGGGCUGGGACGACUCGGACAUUUCCGAGUCGUCGUGGUCGCGUCUGGGCGCCGACCUGUUCAAGGGCGGCGCCGACGCCGGUGACAUUGCGCAGGGCGCGCUCGGCGACUGCUGGUUCCUGGCCUCGAUUGCCGCCGCGGCUGCGCACCAGAGCGGCGGCAUCAUUCCCACCACCUUUGGCAAGUCGAACCCGUCCGGUGAGCGUGGGGUGUACGCAGCGCGGUUUUACAAGGAUGGCGUGUGGCGUGAAGUCCUUGUCAACGACAAGGUGCCCAGGGCCGGCGGCGAGCCGCUGUUUGCGCGGUCGACAGACCCCAACGAAGCAUGGGUCUCGGUCAUCGAGAAGGCGUACGCCAAGCUCCACGGCGGGUACCAGGCGCUCGAGGGUGGGUUCAUCCACGAGGGUCUCGCCGACCUCACUGGCGGCGUGCCGUCGGCAUACUGGUUCUCGGUCCCCUCGGUCCAGCAAAAGGUGGCGUCGGGUGAGCUCUUCCAGGACCUCCUCCGCUGGAACUCGGAGGGCCAUCUGCUCGGUGCAGGCUCGCAGGCCGGAACCGACACCCAGGUCAUCGACGGCAUUGUGCAGGGCCAUGCAUACUCGAUCCUGGACGUCGCCGAGGUCGACGGCUUUUCGCUGCUCAAGCUCCGCAACCCGUGGGCCAAAACCGAGUGGGAAGGCCCGUGGUCUGACGCCGACACCAAGAACUGGACUCCGCGCCGCAAGGCCAAGGUCGGCUUUGUGGCCGGUGACGACGGCGAGUUCUGGAUGGCCUUUGAGGACUUCCGCAAGCAGUUCUCGUCGCUCUUUGUCUGCCGCCUCUUCAAUGGACCCGAGUGGCACCGCUACCGUGCCGCCGGUGCGUGGUCGGGCAAGGACGAGAACCACACCGUGUCAUACUCGGUCACGUUCUCGCGCCCGACUCACGCAUGCGUCAUCCUCUCGCAGUACGAUACCCGCGGCUCUGAGACCGAGCCCAUCGCCAUGCUCACCACCGUCUCCGACUCGUCCGGCAACAUUGUGUACCCCAACGCCGACUCGAACUUCUCCUACGACCGCGACGUCGUCAUCGACAAGGAGUUUGACGCCGGCACCUACACCAUUGCUGCACGCGCCUAUCCCGACCAUCUGGACGCUGCUGCCGCCCCGGUCAAGUUCUUUGUCACGCUCCUCGCCCACUCGUACCCGGCCAAGGUCGACAAACCGUUUGUGACCGUCGAGACCGGCAACAACCUCGUGGCAGUCGCCACUGCGCCCGCGCCUGCACCCGCCGUUGCCGUAGCCUCGAGCGUCAGCAGCGCGUCGGGCGACCAUGAUUUGCUCGGCUCAGACGACUCGGACGCUGUCGGCGUUGCGCCCGCGCCCAAGGCUGAUCCCGCUGACGACGGUGGCGACGAGACAACAGACGCUUACACCUUUGUGACUGCCUCGGGCACCGACAGCGGUGAUGAUUCGGCCGAAGCCGAGGCCGAGGCCGAAGCCGAAGCCGAAGCGAAGGGCUCGAGCUCUGUCUCGGAAUCGUCCUCGGGUUCGGCCUCGGGUUCGGCCUCGGGUUCGGCCUCGGGUUCGGCCUCGGGUUCGGCCUCGGGUUCGGCCUCGGGUUCGGCCUCGGGUUCGGCCUCGGGUUCGGCCUCGGGUUCGGCCUCGGGUUCGGCCUCGGGUUCGGCCUCGGGUUCGGCUUCAGGUUCAGCCUCGGCCUCGGCCUCGGGCUCAGCCUCGGGUUCGGCCUCGGGUUCGGCCUCGGGUUCGGCCUCGGGUUCGGCCUCGGGUUCAGCCUCGGGUUCGGCCUCGGGCUCGGGCUCAGCCUCGGGCUCAUCGUAUUCCUCAACAUCGUAACAAGCCCAGCACUCUCUUUUUACUCAUCUUGGUGGCGUCAGCAGCCGCAGCCCUUGUUCUUGUACUCGAUGUCAAGCUUGACGGGAGCAAAGGUGUCACCGUCGUUGUGCGACGAGAGGCGGUGCGCCUUGACCGACAUCCGCAUAAAGGCCUCGGUCACGCCCA